AUGGCGGAGAGGGAGGCCUUUGCAAAUUUGUUUGGCAUUUUGGAGGUGAUACGCCGGGAUGGCAUCUUGGCUUUUGCCGAUACACGGGUAGCCGAGAAGUGUCGAUGUAAUGAGACACUUGCCAUCUUGGCAACACCGCCAUUUAACACCGCAGUGGGGGAGCUGCUUGUGCGGAAAGUAUUUGAGGCCUUUGCAAGUAGUAGUCUUGCGGAAUACCACCAAAAUAUGUGCGAUGGGGAUGAGCUUUUGGCGUUGCGGUCUCUUCACGAGGCAUACCGUCGAACUUUGCUGCUUCUUAACAACUGGUGCAAGCAACUGCAUGCUAUGGAGUUUGUCGUGAGGUUCACCGUCUCCCUGCGGUGCCAUCUGUUGCAGCCGGAUCUCCUUACGGGUGAGCAUCCACCUGGAAAAGAGGUACUGCUCCAAUUUCUCCGCAACCAUGGAAGAAAAUUGCUUGGUGAUAUUGAGGGAACGGAGGGGCGCGCCACGCUUAUGCGCGGGAUUCUUGGACACCGUGACGAGGUGCUGCAGCGUCUGCAUGGCCUGACUUUAUCAUCGACGCCAGACAUCAAAGCGCUAUGGAAGUCCGUCUUGGUGGAGUGCACGCGAGAACGUAUUGAGAUGCUUGACGAUGACUUGACAGUUGGUCGGAUAAUAUCGUGUAUGCAAUGGAAAGAUGAUGUGGUGGACACGUUUGUUCGCAUGGCGCUGUCCCCAGAUCCCAACAAUUCGGAUGUGCGCACCGAAGUGAAUCGAUGGUGCGAAGAGUUGGAACAACUUCUUCUUGUUACUUACGGUCGGAAGCGGAUUGCGGCUCUUUGGGAUGUGGUAGUCGAGUACCCCGAUUCAACACCGACCCUGCAAGAUCUGCGUCUGUGUCUUCUGCGGUGCUCUGACGACACCCUCCAGAACGAACUAAUACAAACGGCGAAGAAGAUGUUGGCAUCACGGCUUCAUCGAGCUGGGACACGCACGGAGGAUAUUCUUGCCAUUUUGAUAGGCACAAUACAUUCUCUUUGUGUGUUGUUUUCCAGAAACGAUCAGGGUUCGGUGAUAUUCACCAUUGUUGGAGACACACUCGAGCAUCUCAAGAAACGAAGGGACUGUGUCUCUGCCGUUGUUCAGGCAAUCACUCAGCCAAGUGCGGAUUCCGUUUUACAUGUUGAACUGCAGAACUUUUCGCCGAACAGUUUCACUUCUGUUGCUGCUGAUGAUGAUGAAGUGAAUGAAGAUGAUUUGCUGUCUGUAGCCGGUCAGUCUCCCUUGUCUAUGCACGAACGACCCGAUGUCUUACGCGUGUUGCUUUCGGCGAUUAGUGUCACUUCACUUGUGGAGGAGUACAAGCGAUUGCUGGCCUCCCAGCUACUGGGAAAGAAAUUGCACGAUUUUGAUACAACGGCCGAAGAAGAAGUGUUGGAACGCUUAAAAUGUGCGUUUGGUGAAGAUGUUCUUGCACCCUGCGUUGUGAUGAUCCGCGACCUCCAGGCAUCUCGUCGCCACACACUUCACAUGAAAGAGGCGUACAGACGCGCUGCUGCAGAAGGGCUGCCACAAGAGAAGAGGAGAGACUGGCCGUUGAGUAUCGAUGUUCUCUCCACCACGUCGUGGCCAAAGUUGUCUGCGUUCCUUCCCGCGGGUGAGACACAGCCUGUGCCAGAGCGGUACAACCCCCACCCACUGUUUGCUUCCGCAAUGGAAGAUGUCAUGGAGGAAUACAAGCGUAUGAAGGCGAACCAGCGUCUGGAAUGGAUUCCUUCUCAUGGAUAUGUCAGCCUGGAGCUAACGCAAAAAGAAGCCUCUACGAACACGAUGGUUGCGGCGACAUAUGACCUUUCACUCUUCUCAGCAUCGCUUGUACUGUACGUUGGUGACAUAUCAACGGAACUCGGUUCCCCUGCUCCCCUGAAGACUGUGGCCGAGCGCAUGGGAGUCAAACCGCAUGUUCUGCAGCAGCGUUUAUCGCACCUUUUUCCAUCGCUUCUUGUUUCCACAGAUGAGAACAGGAGUUUGUCACUGCAAAGAAACUACGUGUCGACGGCAAACUUCACAUUUGACGAGGCGGAUGAACGUGAAGGGCAGCCUGUGGGUCUAUCACCGGAUCAAGUCAAAAUGUUACUUUCAAUGAUGACGGCGAUGCUAAAGGCGCGGGGACCGUGCGGGGUUAACGACAUCUUUAACAGUAUGAAAAUGUUUGGCCAGUUUCCGGGAAAUAUCGAUGACAUGAAGAAACUGCUUCAUAUGUUUGUGACUCAGGGGCGAUUGGUGCUCAAUGAGGCAAAAUUGUUUACAUUACCAGGCAGCUGA